GUCUCGACAAAAAAUCCCAGACCUUCGGGUGGUCCUUCACAAAUUUCGGACAUUCUGCGGCGAGAUGUGCGGGAGCGCGCGAUUGUUAUUAAUUUUCUCUACAUUAUUGGCCGGCGUUUGGGCACGAGGAAUGGAGGACUUUGAUUUCGAGAAGGAAAACCGAAAAAUAUCCGGCUCGAUGCUGUCCGAAAUCGCUAAGGAGCUGAUCCAAAGAUCUGCGAGCAGCAGUCAGGUAUUGAAUCUGAAUCUAUCGAAUUUAUUAAUACUGCUGGUGCUAAAAGCCGUGGUAUUCAGCGCUGGGUACAUUGGGAAUCACGGUUACAGAGCUCGCGAUUUAGACGAAGAGACCAUGGUGUCAGAAAGUGAAGUGGCACUGGCAUUGGGAUAUUUAAUGGGGGACACCUGUCUGUACAGAGCGGCUUGUGAAGCACCUCAAACUGCAAAAGAGUAUCUGGGUGCUGCGGAAAUGAUGUUGCAGACCCUGAAGCUGUUGCCCCAGUCGCUCCCGGAGAACGACAAGUACGAAAAGACUCUGCAAGAAUUUCGAAAGGCGAUAGAGUACGGGAUUAGAAAUCAGUGUCCACCGGAGUACACUUGCAAAAAGGAGAAUAUCAAAAACUUCCUCCAGCCAAAGUAAAGAGACGUG